AUGUACAAGUCCUUUAUGCACAAAUGAUGUGAAUUUCAUCAAUCCGAUUCUAGACAACAUAGGAAUCAAGCAGUCAUAAAGCCGCAUCUCCGUUCCCAGACCUCCGACCUGUAUUUAAUUCUCUGCCUGUUUGUUAUACAUACACACAUAUAUAUACAUACAUACACACACAUUUCAUGUAUGUAUAUGCAUCUUCGUUAGAGAUUCUCCAGGUGCAUUUUGGUGUGGUGAAUAAUGCAAUCUCUAGCUGUUAAUCUCCGCUCAACGCCGUCGUUUCACAGCCUUUCUCCGCCGUUAAACGCUGCCGUUUCCGGUAGCAGUAGAAAUAAUAAUAAUAAUGCUUCGGUUUCGUUCCGCUUUCGUAGUCCGGUUCGAUGUGUUCUUCAGUCUCCGUCUCUAGUUGCUGAUGAAGCGGAAUUCGUCGAAGCCUCUAGAAAAGGAAAUUUGGUGCCACUUCACAAGUGCAUAUUUGCUGAUCACUUGACUCCGGUGCUUGCGUACCGUUGUCUGGUUAAAGAGGAUGAUCGAGAGGCUCCAAGCUUCCUUUUCGAGUCGGUUGAGCCUGGUUUCCGGACCUCACAAGUUGGACGAUAUAGUGUGGUGGGGUCUAAUCCAGCAAUUGAAAUUGUUGCUAAAGAAAACAAUGUGACUAUUGUGGAUCAUGAGAAAGGAAGUUCUAUUCAGAAGGUAGUUGAUGAUCCUAUGGAAAUUCCGAAAAGUCUCUCUGAUGGUUGGAAACCUCAGCUUCUUGAUGAACUUCCUGAUACAUUUUGCGGUGGCUGGGUUGGUUACUUUUCAUAUGACACCGUUCGCUAUGUAGAAAAGAAAAAACUCUUGUUUAUAGAUGCACCACAAGAUGACAGGAAUCUAGCUGACAUUCAUCUUGGAUUGUAUGAAGAUGUGAUCGUUUUCGAUCAUGUGCAGAAGAAAGCAUAUAUAAUUCACUGGGUAAGGCUUGACCAGUAUUCAUCCACCGAAGAAGCUUACAAAGAUGGAGUCAAACGUUUGGAAAUAUUGACGUCUAAAGUACACGAUUGUGAUCUGCCAAAGUUAGCUCCGGGCUCCGUUGAAUUAAGCACCCAACAAUUCGGAACUCCUUUAACCCAGUCGAGCAUGACCAGUGACGAAUACAAGUCAGCAGUAUUGCAAGCGAAAGAACACAUUCUUGCAGGUGAUAUUUUCCAGAUUGUUUUAAGUCAGCGUUUUGAACGCCGAACGUUCGCAGAUCCUUUCGAGAUUUAUCGCGCGCUGAGAGUCGUGAAUCCAAGUCCAUACAUGACUUAUUUGCAGGCUCGGGGGUGUAUCUUGGUUGGUUCAAGCCCAGAAAUUCUGACUCGUGUGAAAUCUAAUACGGUUGUUAACCGACCUUUAGCCGGGACCGUAAGAAGAGGAAGGACUCCAGAUGAGGAUGAACAGUUGGAGAAGAUGCUGUUAAGUGAUGAAAAGCAAUGUGCGGAACACACCAUGCUGGUUGACUUAGGGAGGAAUGAUGUCGGAAAGGUCACGAAACCUGGUUCGGUUAAUGUGGAAAAGCUUAUGACCGUUGAACGGUACUCCCAUGUGAUGCAUAUUAGUUCCACCGUGACUGGAGAGUUGCUCGAUAAUCUGACUUGCUGGGACGCCCUUUCUGCUGCACUUCCAGUUGGAACUGUUAGUGGUGCUCCAAAGGUGAAAGCCAUGGAACUAAUCGAUAAACUGGAAGUUACAAGACGUGGGCCCUACAGUGGUGGGUUCGGAUGGAUAUCCUUUUCUGGGGAAAUGGACGUCGCCCUUUCUCUCAGGACCAUGGUGUUCCUAACAGGAGCCCGUUUUGACACAAUGUACUUGUACAAAGAUGACACCAAGAGAAAGCAGUGGGUGGCUUACCUUCAAGCUGGUGCUGGUAUUGUAGCCGACAGUGUUCCCGAUGAUGAGCAACAAGAGUGUGAAAACAAAGCAGCUGGUCUGGCCCGUGCCAUCGAUCUAGCUGAGUCGGCUUUUUGCCAAUGAGUCAACAGCACUUUUGUAAUGGGUCAGUUAGAUAUGAUUGGUUUUUGUUGUUGAGUCAUGGCCUGUUGGAAAUGCAAUUGUGUUGCUAGUGCAAAACAUUAUAGCUUAUGGUUCACAAGCUUUAUAAAAAGUUAUCGAGUUCUUUUUAA